UAAAGCUGGAUUCUACCUCUAAGGCUGAAAAUUAAACUCUCAUGUUGUAUGUUCAUUGUCACCACUUGGAAAGAGCUGGACCCAGUCAUUGGGGGUUUACCCAUGGGCUACACAAACCACAAUGGUCAUCCUCAUCAACAGCAGCAACAUAUUCAGUGACAUCAGGUCCUAUGUUAUAGAAAAUUUGGAGGACCUGAGCACCUCCAUAAUGAUUUCUGGCUCUUUGAACCCGCCUUUGCUGAAGAUCAUCCAAGAUGCCACCACAAUUAGUCCAAUUCCCACCUCCAGCUUCCUCAGUGAAAAUGACACCAAGUGUGGGGAGCAGAUCCUUAAUUAUGGUCACAUUGAGAAGCUCGUCAUAGGAGCCAUCCUGUCUCUUAUCACUUUGCUGACUAUUGCAGGGAAUUGCCUAGUAGUCAUUUCUGUCUGCUUUGUCAAGAAACUUCGGCAGCCUUCUAACUACUUGAUCGUGUCGUUGGCUUUGGCUGACUUGUCGGUGGCUAUAGCUGUCAUGCCUUUUGUCAGUGUCACCGAUCUGAUCGGGGGAAAAUGGAUUUUCGGGCAUGUCUUUUGCAACGUGUUUAUUGCAAUGGAUGUAAUGUGCUGCACAGCUUCAAUUAUGACUUUAUGUGUCAUUAGCAUUGACAGAUACCUGGGAAUUACCCGACCUCUGACCUAUCCCGUAAGGCAGAAUGGGAAAUGCAUGGCCAAAAUGAUCAUGUGUGUUUGGCUUCUCUCUGCAUCGAUCACAUUACCUCCUCUGUUUGGUUGGGCGCAGAAUGUCAACGAUGACAAAGUCUGUUUAAUUAGUCAAGAUUUUGGCUACACCAUUUAUUCUACAGCUGUUGCCUUUUACAUUCCAAUGUCGGUCAUGCUAUUUAUGUACUACAGAAUUUUCAAAGCUGCUAAAAGGAGCGCAGCCAAACACAAGUUUGCGGGGUUCCCGCGGUCAGAAGAAAGUGAGGGGAUGAUCACUGCCAACGGAGUUGUGAAAAUGUACAAAGAAUCCGAAGAAUGUGGCAAUCUAUCAAGACUCCUGAGAAAUGACAGAAAAAACAUUUCUAUUUUUAAAAGGGAACAAAAAGCUGCUACCACCCUUGGGAUUAUAGUCGGGGCUUUCACUGUAUGCUGGCUUCCUUUUUUUAUAUUAUCAACAGCCAGACCUUUUAUCUGUGGGACAGAAUGCAGCUGCAUUCCAUUGUGGAUGGAGAGAACAUUUUUAUGGCUGGGAUAUGCAAACUCUCUGAUCAACCCUUUCAUUUAUGCCUUCUUUAACAGAGACCUGAGGACAACAUAUCGCAAUCUGUUACAAUGCAAGUACAGAAAUAUCAACAGGAAGCUGUCAGCUGCAGGGAUGCAUGAAGCUUUGAGGCUUGCAGAGAGACCUGACCAUACCCUGAAAAACUAUUCACGGGAAGAUCUCUUACAAGAGCAGUUUAUCAGCAGGCUACGCUCCUAAUCUUGGCUUAUAUUCUAUGCCCUUUCUUUCAUGCCUAUGUAAUCUUUUUAAUCUUUAAAUUAUAUUUUCCACUGUUUAAUGAUACUCUGGGGUACAGCACAUCCUUCAUACAAAUCCCAGAAAAUGAAAACUCUGGUGUGUUAAACAUGAUAAGUUAAUAAAAAUUU